AUGCAAAUAAACUGCCAUCUCCCUUUUCAAUUAACUCUUGUUUUCACAACAAUUUUCGACGUCACAAAUCAACAAGACACCACUUUGAACUGGACAGAAAUUGUUGGAAACGAAAAGCUUGGUGUCUUUUAUGAGAACACUCAACGAUUGUACUUGGAGCUUUUCGAGAGAAGAGCCUAUAAACGAGAGCUUUCACCAAUCUACUCUCUUCAACCACAAAAUCUAACAGCUCAAGAGGUUCCACGCUUCAACGUGAACAUCACUUUAGCAUAUGUUAAAGUGAUUGAACUGGCCGCACAGAGUCAAGAAAUCGAUCAACUUUUCGAGUUUGGCUUUGAAUGGACAGAUCCACGUCUUCAAUGGAAUCCCGACGAUUUUGGUGGUGUGAGCAAAAUUUGGCUUCAAAUGGACUCGAUUUGGUUGCCCGAGAAUAGCAUCAGCAAUGCGAAAGCGAUCGAAGAAGUGGUACCUAUUUACCAAAAGCAGAUCGAGUUAGGGUACGAUGGGAGUCUUUACAUGGAUCGGACACUCUAUGUCAGCCUUUCCUGUUCAAUGAAUUUGGGCCAUUUCCCUUUUGAUACGCAAACAUGUCAAGUUGGCUUUGAUGUUUACAAUUACGACAUUUCUCUGGCAACGAUCGAUGUGAUGAUCUACGAUGAUUUUGAUCAAAAGAUUCUCAAGGGAAACGGUGAGUGGACGAUUCUGAAUAUCUCUGCUGGGAAGAUGAUCACCAACUACUCGGAUUUCGCUUUUGAUUAUGCUUUUUACACGUUUGUUUAUAAACGAAUCCCUAAUUUCUACAUUUGGGUGAUCGCAGUGCCAGCAUUUUUACUAACUUUCCUUUCAAUUAUUGGACUUUUUUGGGUUUCAACGAGUGUCGAUGAGAAAUUGCUGAAACUUUCUCUCGGUUUAACAACAAUGAUGUCGAUGAGUGUUCUUCUCGAAUUGGUCUCCAAUCAAAUUCCGAAAACGUCCAGCUUUCCGGUGAUAGGGAUCUACGUGAUAAUCGACGUGUUCGUAAUCGGCGCUGGCUGUGUGAUGGUUGUCAUUUUGCCGAGAAGUCGAAUGGCCACAAAAGCGAAAGAAAGG